UAUUUGCGUCAUAAGAAUAUGGCGAAAUUGCAGUUUUCCUAUUGCGUUGCAACGUGUAAUCUUUGAUUCAUUUAGUUAUAUCAUCAUAUAGUCCAUGUUCGAGUAAGAAUUUUUGUUAAAAUAUGCGCAACGAAUUAAUCUGCCUGGCCCUGGUUUUAUGCACGCUACACAGCGCCUGCGGUUUAUACUUUCACAUGUCGGAAACGGAGCGCAAAUGCUUCAUUGAAGAGGUGCCCGAUGAGACAACUGUGAUUGUCAAUUACAAGGUGGAGCUAUAUGAUCCGGGUUCAAAUGGCUUUAUGCCAUCUUCACCCGGCAUUGGUAUGCAUGUAGAGAUGCGCGACAGCGAUGAUAAGGUGAUUCUGUCGCGCGUUUACAGCUCGCAGGCCCGCUUGUUGAUUAUAUCGCACACUCCCGGGGAGCAUGUCAUCUGCAUGCAUUCCAACAGCACUGCCUGGUUCAAUGGUGCCCAGCUUCGAGUGCAUCUAGAUAUUCAGGUGGGCAAGCAUGCCAUCGACUAUGUUAACGUGGCACAAAAAGAGAAGCUAGACAAAAUGCAGUUGCGCAUACUCCAGCUGCUCAACCAGGCUGAACAGAUAAGAAAGGAGCAGAAUUAUUAUCGAUAUCGGGAGGAGCAUUUUCGUCACAUCUGCCAGAACACCAAUUCGAAAAUCUUGUGGUGGUCGCUUACACAGUCUCUGCUCCUGGCCUUCCUUGUCGGUAAUGGUAUGCGUGCGGCCCGGCUCUGGAAACCGGAGAAGCAACAGUUUAUGGGCGCGGUGACCAUCACAGACUUUUUCAAGAUCUUGCAAAUGUAUUAUAAAUCACUCAAUGCGGCCAUGAAGGAGCUGGAGAAUCAAAAACUGGACACAAAGUGCAGAGAGCUAGACAACCAGGUAAUGCCCAUGGUCACCAUAGGACCGGACGCUUCCCUUUUCGAGGCAAUCAAAGUUCUCAGGGACAGCAGCAUUCAACGACUGCCUGUGAUCAAUCCAGAGAAUGGCGAUGUCUUGUACAUUUUGACAGAAAAAAGCAUACUGACACUCAUGCUUUUGUAUAUUAACGCGAUACCACAGCCCGCAUAUAUGGAGAAAAGUUUGCGCGAUCUAAAGAUCGGCACAUACGACAACAUCGAGACCGCCGACGAGAAAACAUGUAUCAAGAUCGAAUCCCUGGGGCUCCUCGACAUUUUUGCUAAGUUUGAUUUGAUUAAUCCCACUACUGCGAAGAUCUAUAACGAUGUCGAUGUCUCGCUGCGCAAGGCGAACGAGAAUCGCAACGAGUGGUUCGAUGACGACCAAAAGUGUAAUCUGGACGAGUCGCUGUACACGAUCAUGGAGCGCAUUGUGUGCGCCGAGGUGAAUCGCCUGGUCGUUGUCGAUGAUCAGUGCAAGGUGAUUGGCGACAUUUCGAUCUCAGAAAUAUUGCUCUAUCUGGCACUGCGGCCGAGCGGUGGGGGUGUUGUCGGUUUGCAGAAUUCACUGCGUGUCUCCGAUCCGAUGAUGUUGCCCAAUAAAACACAUAAUUAACACAUAAUUACAGAGAUAAA